AGCCCGUUGCCCGGCGAUCCGUUCAUCCCAUCCCAACCCCGCGCGCCGCCGCGCACGCUCUCGAUCCGCCGCUCGCGUUCGCGGCGGACGGCGGCGUCGCGGAGACGACAAGAGCAGCAGAGGCAUGCUGCUGCACACCACUUGAUCGAUCCAGAGGCCAAUGCUUGGCGCCGCGGCGACAUUGGCAGGCGAGACCGUGAGAAGCAAGCAGGGCGCUGCGCUGUCCUUGCGCGGGGCAGGAGGGCGCGCUCCGUGGCAUGGCCACGCGCCCGGCCGCCGUCCGCGCCCUCAUCGCUGCCGCGACCACCGUCCGGCACCUCAGGCAGAUCCACGGCCACCUCCUCGCCUCCGGCCGCGUCGACUCCCUCUGUCCCGCCCUCCUCCGCCGCAUCGUUUCGCUGCCCUCCCCGCACCUCCACCUCCCCUUCGCUCACCGGCUCCUCCUCUCCCUACCAUCCCCGCCGCUGGACCUCUUCAACCUCCUCCUGCCCCCGCUCGCCUCCUCGACCGACCCAUCCGCCGGGGCCUGCCUCUUCGUCCGCCUCCGCCGCGGCGGCCUGCGCCCCGACGCGCACACGCUCCCGCACGUCCUCAAGGCCCUCGCGCGUCUCGCGCCGGGCUCCCUCCCGCUCGUCGCUUGCACCCACGUGGAGGCCAUCAAGAGCGGCCUCGCGCGCGCCGUGGUGUACGUACCGAACGCCCUCAUGGCCGCGUAUUCUGCCUGCGGCCACCUCGGGCGCGCCAUGCAGUUGUUCGACGAAAUGACACGCCGGACUGUGGUGUCGUGGAACACCGCGCUCACCGCCUGCGUGGACAACGACUGCCACGACCGGUGCGCCAGGAUGUUUACGGAGAUGGUAGAGGCUGGGUUCGAGCCUGACCACACAACGUUCGUGGUCAUGCUCUCCGCUGCUGCCGAGCUGGGGAACUUGGCGCUUGGCAAGUGGGCGCAUGGGCUGGUCGUUGCCCGGAGGCUGGACAUGACGCUUCAGCUUGACACAGCGGCGGUGAAUAUGUAUGCCAAGUGCGGCGCAGUAAGUUAUGCAUCACGCUUGUUUGGGAGGAUGACAGCAAAAAACGUCUGGACAUGGAGUGCGAUGAUCGUGGGGUUUUCGCAGAAUGGGAUGGCACAGGAGGCGCUAGAGCUGUUUUAUAAGAUGAAGGAUGCAUCUGUCAUGCCCAACUAUGUCACGUUCCUUGGGCUGCUUUGUGCAUGCAGUCAUGCUGGGCUGGUUGACGAGGGCCGCCAAUUCUUCCAUGAAAUGCAGCAUGUCUAUGGAAUCAAGCCGAUGAUGACACACUACAGUGCCAUGGUGGAUGUCCUAGGACGCAGUGGCCACCUCCAGGAAGCUUAUGACUUUGUUAUGGACAUGCCGGUCAAGCCUGACGCGGUUGUCUGGAGGACAUUGCUGAGCGCCUGCCAGCUUCACAGCUCCAUGGACUGCAUAUACAUUGUUGACAAGGUGCAGAAGAGGCUGCUGGAGCUGGAACCCCGAAGAAGCGGGAAUUACGUGAUGGUUGCAAAUAUAUACUCUGACAUUGGGUCAUGGGAUAAGGCGGCCAUGGCGAGGAGGGUGAUGAGGGAAGGGGGGAUGAAGAAGAUGGCAGGGGAGAGCUGCGUUGAGAUUGGUGGGCAGAUUCAGCGGUUCAUCUCCGGGGAUGAUUCUUGCCCUGGAUUUGACGGUGCGUCCAGGAUUCUUCAUGAGCUGAACACCAUCAUGAGAAAAUGGGAACCUGUCGACAAAAUUUUGCUUGCUGAUGCUGACAUUUGAGGACAACGUAUUCCGAGCAAGCUGUUCAGGUAUGCAGAUUAGAUUGAACAACAAGUACCAGUGUUAAUCGGAUAUGUCAAUCACCUCCUAGCAAAUUGGUGUGUCCAUCGGGCUUGUGUACAACGAUGCUGCAAUGAGAAAGGAGAUGUAACAUGUGACAUGUCAUGAGCCUUAUGAAUAUGGGUACACUGCACCUCCCGGAGCACAUCCUGAUGAAACUACUAAUCUACUAUUGAUAUGAGUUCAUUAUGAUGUCUGGUGGUGGCUGGACUGUUCCUGCUAUUGGAUUUGACUUGCGUGAUCCAAGGGUCCUUGCAGUGGCACAAAUAUCAUGGUAGCUGAAAUGAAUAUGAGGAUUAUUUUGCCGCGAAUGCCUGCACUGCUGCCUUUUGCCACUCAUUUUGGGAGUAACUACAGAUGAGAUGUAUUUAUAUUGUUGCUAGUUAAAUCAACAGGGCUCUCUUUAAUAUGGAACAUCAUGUAUGCCUCUUCAUGCUCAAUUGAAGGAUAUCUUAUUCUUGAGACA